UCCAUGUAUACAAAUGAGGAAAAGAUAAAUCAAUAAUAACAAGGGAGAUGGUGAUACCCGCCCUUUCUCUUCCAACCACCAUAACGGUCGUUUCAGGUCCUCCAAUCCACAAACACAAACCACCUCCUUUGGUUUCGAUGAAUCCCAUUUCCAAUCUGCAAUCCCUCCUCAAAUCUGGCAAAUUAGACGAAGCCUUGCGUUUGAUUGAAACCUCAACAACGAAUAGCUGCGACACUCAGCCUGACCUUGAGACCUACUCUCUCUUCCUCCAUUCCUGCAUCGCUAGAAAAUCCUUGGAACAUGGCCAGAGGCUUCACCUUCAACUCCUCCUCUCAAGAGACAGAGCUUAUCACGAUUUUCUAAACAACCCCACCUUGAAAAGCAAGCUCAUCACCCUCUACUCUGUCUGUGGCCGAAUCGACGAAGCUCGUCAUGUUUUUGAGGAUGGCAUUGAGACUGCUGAACAUGUCCCAGAAUCUGUGUGGGUUGCCAUGUCCAUCGCAUAUUCGAGAAUUGGGCUCUCCCAGGACUCCCUCCUUGUUUACUCCAAGAUGCUUCAUCGGUAUAUCCGACCGGGUAAUUUCGCAUUCUCGUCAGCUCUCAAGGCAUGUUCUUAUCUGUCAGAGUUAUUGAUUGGUAGAGCAAUUCAUGCCCAGAUUUUAAAAUCUGAAGACAACCCAGAUCAGGUGGUGAACAAUGCUCUUCUUAGAUUGUAUGCGCAAUGUGGGACAUGUGAAGAAGCACACCAGAUUUUUGGAGAAAUGGGUCAGAGAAAUAUUGUUUCUUGGAACUCCUUGAUUGCUGCUUUUGUAUGCCGGAACCGAUCGUUUGAAUCUCUAGACAUUUUUAGGAAGAUGCAGGGUGAAGGAGUUGGGUUCAGUUGGGUCACUCUCACUACGAUUUUACCAGUCUGUGCUCGAGUAACUACGCUUCGUUGCGGCCAAGAGAUACACACUCAAAUCAUUAAAUCAACUGCAGAGCCAGAUGUCCCUGUGCUGAACUCGCUUAUGGACAUGUAUGCCAAAUGUGGAGCAGUGAAUUACUGUCAAGAAGUGUUUGAAGGAAUGAUCAGUAGAGACUUAACAUCUUGGAAUACCAUGCUUAUGGGGUAUGCGAUCAAUGGGUGUAUGAGUGAAGCGAUUGAUUUGUUUGAUGAGAUGAUUGGAAUGGGCUUCAAACCAGAUGGACUCACCUUCAUUGCGUUGCUUUCGGGAUGUAGCCAUGUUGGUCUCACGGUUGAAGGACAGAGAUUUUUUGACAGAAUGGAGACAGAUUAUGGAGUUUCACCAACUGUAGAGCAUUAUGCUUGUUUGGUGGAUCUCUUGGGUAGAGCUGGGCAGAUCAAGGAGGCACUAGAUGUUGUGAAGAGAAUGCCAAUGAGCCCAAGCAGCAGCAUAUGGGGUUCAUUGCUUAAUUCGUGCCGGAUCCAUGGCAACAUUGCACUUGGUGAGGUGAUGGCAGAACGGUUGUUUGAAAUUGAGCCAAAUAACCCUGGAAAUUAUGUGAUACUGUCAAAUAUGUAUGCAAAAGUGGGAAAGUGGAAAGCUGUUAAUUCUGUGAGAGAGAAGAUGGAAAAGAGGGGAAUCAAGAAAGAGACAGGAUGCAGUUGGAUACAGAUCAAAAACAGAAUUCAAACUUUUGUAGCUGGAGGGGGCAUUAAAUUUCGUAAUUCAGAAGAAUAUAAAAAGGUUUGGAAUGAGCUGAAGGAAGAAAUGGAAGAUAUUGGUUAUGUCCCUGAUACAGGAGUAGUACUUCAUGAUGUAGAGGAAGAGAUCAAGGCAAACUGGGUUUGUGGUCAUAGCGAACGGCUUGCAGUUAUGUUUGGACUCAUUGAUACUCGUUCAGGAGCACCGAUUCGAGUCACAAAGAACCUUCGCGUUUGCACUGAUUGUCAUACUUGGAUUAAGAUGACUUCAAAAGUUGCAGGAAGGUUGAUUGUUUUGAGAGAUAAAAAUCGAUUCCAUCAUUUCAAGGAUGGGGCAUGCUCCUGCAAAGAUUACUGGUAAUGACUAAUGACACCAUUGAAAUGAAUUAUGUACAUUUAAUGAUUAUCUUCAAAAUUCCAUUUAAUGG